AUAUUCAGAUAAGUGUUCUAUCUAUAAAUCACAAUUCAAACCAUGCUUCCUGCACUUCGAGCAGUUCGCACGCACCACCCAUCUUCAGUUCCAUUACCAUUAUCAACUUCUUCAGGUCAAAAGACCUUCGGCAUCAGAUUCCAACGAGCAGAGUACUCUGUAUCGACCCAACCGGAAAACCAGAACAACAUGGACAAGACCCAUGAACACCAUGAGAAAACCAAGGAGGUGAUGUCUGAUUCAUUUGGAGAAGGGUAUGCAACUCGAUCUGAUGAAGAAGGCUUUGGAGGGAUUUAUAGUGGAAACCAGCAGUUAAAGCCCAAGACCAACAAAGAGCAAGAGAUUGGCCAUGAAAAUCACCCAUCAGGGUAUGAUAAGACACAAGGAAGUGAAGUAAGAGAGAAAGAGAAAGGAAGGCAUCAGACCCAUAUUGCAUAAAAGGAAGACAAUGCCUACAAUGAUCGAUCGAUCUCUUUUUUUGUGAUACAGUAAUGUUGAAGAUGAUGAACAGAAGGUUUUAUGCUCUUUUAAGUUUUG